AUGGUGGUGGAGUUGCAGGGCCUGCCCAGCCCCUUCCUGCGCUGCCCGUCGCAGCGACUCCUGGACCGUGUGGUCCGGCGCUAUGCUGAGGUGGCCGACGCCGGCAGCAUCUUCAUGGACCACUUCACUGACCGCGACAAGCUGCGUCUGCUCUACACCCUGGCUGUCAGUGCUCAUCCCAUCCUCCUGCAGAUCUUCCCGGGCGCCGAGGGCUGGCCGCUGCCCAAGUACCUGGGCUCCUGCGGCCGACUGGCGGUCAGCACCAGCACCAGCCCGCUGCGGGACUUCUACGGCGCGGCCCCAGACCAGGCGGCCGACCUGGCCUACCAGCUCCUCGGUGUCCUCGAGUCCCUGAGGAGCAAUGACUUGAACUACUUCUUCUACUUCACCCACGUCGACGCGGGCACGUUUGGCAUCUUUAACAACGGGCAUCUGUUCAUCCGGGAUGCCAGCGCCUUGGGCGUCAUCGACAAGCAGGAAGGCAGCCCGGCAGCCGCCGGGGCAGGAGAGAGUAAAGACAUCUUCAGCUGCCUGCUUUCGGGCUGCCAGGCUGAGCUGCCCUCCUGCUACACCAUCCCGGAGAAGCAGAGCUUGGUGCUCGUGUGUCGGCAGCUGCUACCUCGACUCCUCCUGGGGAAGUUCCCCUCCCCGGUGCAGGAGGAGAUAGACAGGGCACUUGCCCAGUGUGGGGAGGGCGCCCACCCCGACCCCGAAGUGCUCAGGGCCGCCAGCCGGCUGAAGGACAUCUUGAGGCCCCUGAGAACCUGUGACCCCAGAUUCGCCUACCGCUACCCAGACUGCAAGUAUAAUGAUAAGUUCUGAGCGGCUGGAGCCUUGCCGGCCUCCGGGGACAACGUCCCUGGCCCUCCCUUGCCCAGGCGGGUCGCUGCAAGGUUGAAAGAAGCAGCUCCGUCCUGGGACAUUCAGAGAGAGGCACCUUCAUUUCCCGGGAACGAAGGAACACUCUGACGACCAGAGGGGAGUCGUGCCGCACAGCACGGUUGCCCCUGCUAGCUACAGCAUCACGGAGAAGCCCUGGGCUGGGCCGGAGAAGACCCGACCGCAGACACUCACUGGAUCUCGCUGAGCCUCAGUGUCCUCUGUUCUCCACCAGACUCUUGAGUUACUGAAAGAAGACAGGGAUGUGAAGGGCCAGGGACACGGGGAGGUGGUUACAGAGAGUGUUCCGGAAACAUGCGCAGGCAGGACACAUGGGACAGAGCCGUGGAGGUGGAGGCUGACAUGGAGGGAAGGCAGGGGGAAGGUGAGGUCCCUGGCCAGGACCGUGUCAGGCUCAAACAUGAGGGGCCCCCUUCUUGCUCCCUGGGCCCUCGCACUAGCCCUCCCGCCAUGCUGCCCACACUGCCACGGAGUGAGGAGACGGCAGGCCAAGGAAACACGUGGACAGGUGCACAGUCUGGGUGCCUGGGGUCCCGGGUGCUCCUGUGAGGCACCUCGUGGCGUGAGAAGGAGCCCCGGCUGAGAACAGAUGAGCAGUGGGCGGGGGGCCAAUGUGUUCAUCCGGGACCUCUGAGAAGCAGGUGUCAGGACGAGGGUGAAUCGGGCAAGGAUCGUAUUAAAGAAGAUCGCUGCAUAGGAGGGAAGAAGGCGGUGUUGCCAGUCUGAGCCCAAGGGAGGCAGAGAAGGUCAGCAGAGGCAUUCUAAGAGUGGCAUUGGUGCUAUAUCUAAAGGAAGGUUCCACAGGGCCCUGCUGCCCUCAGUCGUUGGCAGGGAAGAGCCUGUGGGAAGCGUGCCCUUGGCCUCCCCGCAGAGACGACAUUGAGAGCGCAGCACAGGGCCGGCGGCCAGCUCUGCUCCCUGGAGCCGGAGGCCCGAGCAGGACACGCCAGCCACAGCCAGGGCCCCAGGCCAGCUCUGUCCUCACCGCGGCCUGCAGUGUAGCAGUCGAAGGAGUCUGAGAAUUUUCCUUGAACUCGGCCUUACGGGUCGUUGCAACAGUAUUUUUCAAGGUCAGCCAACAGAACGUAUUCUAUUCAACAGUGUGUUAGUUUGCUUUAUACCUUUGAAAUAUUUAGUCACAUGGUAUGUGGGCCUGCAUGUGGAUUCUUACCCUGGCCCCUCAAGCCUUAGUGGGGGGCUCUUUGACCCUUUGUCCAGCCUCCCUGUCAGCCCUCUACCCUUAGGGACCUCCCAGUCGGCCUCCUCUCGUCUCCUUCUAAAUCACCACCUUUAGGUCAGAAUGCCUGACUUAACAGAUGGGGAAACUGAGGCCCAGGAGGAAGAGCAACUUGCUGAGAUGGUCCAUGCUCCUCUUGCCUUCCCCUUCGGCUGCUGAUUCGCACCCUGUCCUACCCAGUUUUGGCCCCUUCACUCACAUUUAAAGAUGGGCCAAGAAACGUCUUAUUUCAUUGUCCACCAGAUUGUUUGCCUUGGGGGGUUUGCCUUUUGACAGCUCCAGGCACUAACCCCCGGGGCAACCAUGAUAGCGAGGAUGGCAGGCCAAGCUUCUGGAAGGGCAGGCCUGGGCUGCCUGAGAGUGUUGGAGACGGUGGCCUUCUGGCUCGGUCUGGAGGGGAGAGGAUUGACCCAACCUGCAAUAUUCCCCAAGUCCAGUCUACAGUGAUGGGUUCAAAGGCCAGGCCCAACCAUGAGGGAAUGUGUCGUGUGCAUCUGUACCCAGGGCUGAGGUUCAGACGGUUCCAUUUCUCCACUUACCAAGUCCCACACAUCAUGUAAGAUCCUGUCUGAGUCCUACCUUGACCCAGAGCUUUUCCUGACAGCCCGGCCCCCAGGGACCCCUUUUUGAAUCCCCUCUCUGUACCCCUGAACCAUAGGUCUGUGCCCAUGUGAAGCUAAUCCAAAGGGUAUUCUGGAGAGAUCUGUGUCCCACCCUCCCAUCCGGCUGAGAGCAGCCUCCAGAUGGCGGAUGGCGGUGGUGAGGGCGCUUUGUGUUCUGCGCAGCAACCCAGCCGGGCACAGAGCAGGUGCUCGAAAAACAGUACACUCUUUAGGCCCUUUUGCUUGGCGUUUGUCACAUACUAUGUUCUCUAGACUCAUGUGUCUCCCCAGAAUUCCUCUCUAGAAAUCCUAACCCCCAGUGUGAUGGUAUUAGGUGCUGGGGCCUUGGGGAGGUGAUUGGCUCAUGAGGGUGGAACUCUCAUGGAUGGGAUCGGUGCCCUUCUAAAAGAGACCCCAGGGAGCCCCCUCGCCCUUCCUGCCACAUGAGGACGCAGGAAGGAGAUGGCCAUCUGUGCACCAGCAAGAGGGCUCUCUCCAGACACAGAACCUGCCAGCGCCUUGAUCCCAGACUUCCCAGCCCCCCAGAACUGUGAGAAAUAAAUGUCUGUUGCUUGUCAGCCCCCCCGCCCCCGGGUCUAUGGUAUUUUGUUAAAGCCACCCAAACAGACGGAGACACGUUGCCGGCCAUACGCAGGACAGAGCGGCUUCCCUGAGAGUUUUUAGCUACUGCCUUUUUGGCCUGCAGGACCAGCUCCCGAAUUUGCGGGGCCUCAUGCAAAAUGAAAAAGUGGGGCCUCCUGUUAUUAAGACUGGCCAGACAACAGAGCAUGAAACCAAGCGCGGGCCCCGUGAGGCUGCAGAGCUUGCGUGCCCGUGAAGCUGGCCCUGGGUGCCUGAGAAUAUGAACUGUUCACCUCGGCAGAGAAUGCCCCUGGGGUUCACUGGCAUCUCCUUUGACCUCCACCACCAAGGGAACUAGGUGUGGGACCAGAGGCCGUAUACGAAAUACGGAACAACCACCAUGGCAAAGGAACUGAGCUACGAGAAUGCAUUCCACGUGCCGCAGCCUGACGUGGGCAGAACCACAGCCUGGCGGGCAAGUCCAACUCUUCGAAGGAGGAAACGGGUUCAAGCGAUUCAUUCAAAGUGACCAUUUUUCCAGUCCUCUCCUGUAGCAUCUGACUUCUGCCCGCCAGUGAUUCCGUGAGCCUGAAAGUUUCCUCUAGGGUUAAAAGAUAAAGAGUUUGCUAAAUAAAUCAAUACUUUGCUCGA